UUGGAGAAAAACAAAUGUGCAAGUGCUUACGCUGUGUGUGUUUGUGUAAACUGGUAGGGCAGUUUUAACUUGACAAAUUGCCAACUGUCAACUGAUAUAGCUGACUUGUUUUAAAGCGAUACUACAUAAAUACAGCAAAACUAAGCUUUAAUUUAAAUACUUAAGGCAAGAAAGCCAGGGGAAUAAUGUUCCCCUGUAGAGAAACUGUUAUUAAUAGAGCAUAAUGGGAAAAGAAAAUACUUUAGAUCUUUUAGAAAUUGCACACAAUUUGUUUUCACAUUUGAAGCUCAUCAAGCAGAUGAUGCAAAGCAAUGUCCUCAGCAAAGGUUCUGACUAGUCUGAAAGACACAGCUAGCACCUUAAUGAGUAAUAACCCAGUGAAUUGCCUGUUUCAGUAUAACUUUUUCACACUUAUUCUUUCAUACACAAGUUUUGCAUUAGUAAAGAAUAAAAACAUUUUAAUUACAACUGUGAUAAUCAUUUAACAUUUCUGAUUUUUUAAAUUUGAAUUAAGCUACAGGAAACAUUUCUAGCACAUAUUGUCAAAUUAAAAGCGGUUUAAUUAAUGUAUUGGGCUUGUCUGUGAAAUCAUUGCGGAGCACAGAUGCGUGAUAAACGCUCGCGCACAGCUCUUUGAUGAGGAGGAGCCGUCACCUGGCAUGUUUUGUUUUUUUUUUAAACUGCGUCAUCUGCAGCCUCUCCCCAGCGCUGGAAGUUUCUCGCUCUUUCACUUACCAAAAUAUACGAGUAGGAGUAACACCACCAUAGCGCGUUUAAGCCCUGGUUGUGUGGGACAAAUCAGAUUAUCGGAAAGACAAACUGGAUUCUGACGUAAAGGGCUUAAAACCCGGCGGAGGAGCGUCGCGUGUGCCGCUCCAGCUCACAAGCAGUCCGUAAAAAAAAAAGGAAAAGAGGAGAGCCGCUCGUGCAGCCUCCUGUCAUCAAACCUCCACACACCCCUCCUCUUCCCCGUCUCUCAGGACCUGAGCAUGACUGUUCAGAUUUUUCGCUGCGACUGAACGGAUCGGACGGCCGCCGGUGGUGUCAUGGCUUCCUAUCUGCAGAUAGCUGAUGAUGAGAAAGGCCACGACCUGGACCUUUUCUGUGUUCCCAGACAUUAUGAGAACGAUUUGGACAAGGUGAUUAUCCCACAUGGACUCAUCAUGGACAGGACAGAGCGCCUGGCCCGCGACAUCAUUCGAGACAUGGGGGGACACCACAUUGUAGCUCUGUGUGUGCUGAAAGGCGGCUACAAGUUUUUUGCAGACCUCCUCGACUACAUUAAAUCACUGAACCAGAACAGUGAUAAAUCAGUCCCGCUGACAGUGGAUUUCAUUAGGGUGAAGAGCUACUGCAAUGAUAAGUCAACUAACAAUGUUAAAGUCAUUGGAGGGGAUGAGCUGUCCAAUCUCGCAGGCAAGAAUGUUUUGAUUGUUGAGGAUAUUGUGGAGACAGGAAGGACGAUGGAAACACUACUUUCUCUACUGAGUGAAUGUAAUCCCAAGAUGGUUAAAGUUGUAAGUCUUCUGGUGAAGAGGACCCCAAGAAGUUCAGGAUAUAGACCAGACUACAUCGGUUUUGAGGUACCGGAUGCCUUUCUGGUUGGCUAUGCUUUGGAUUACAACGAGUACUUCAGAGAUCUCAGUCACAUCUGUAUACUGAAUGACCAAGCAAAGGAGAAGUACAAAGUGUGAGCAGAUGAAGUGCUGCAGAGGCCGAUGUCUGAAUCGCUGAAGACUUGGACCACUGUGACGAGCCUCGUUAGCUUUGCUGUGUUUUGAAACGUAUUUAUUUUUCUAUAUGCGAAUCCACAAAAAGUGACUUGUGGGUUGUAACUAACUUUAAGAACAUUUCUUUCCCCCCUUAUAAGUGGGAUUAAUUCUGUAUAUUAUCAAUAUUUUGGUUGUCAAUUUAUUGAAUUUAUGUUAAGACUUAAGGUGUAAAUAACAGUUUUGAAUAGAAGUGGAGAUAAAAAAAAAAAAUGUAAUUAAUUU